GUGCCAGGAUCCUGUAGUGAGAAGGAAGGGAGGAUCUGGAAGAAACGCAGAGGAAGUCAAGAGUGUCAGCUGGGAAAGCAGGCUGGCUUAGAGGAGAACGGAGCUAUCAUGUCCCAAGGAGAAGCAGCAGGACGCGGCACUGCCAAGCCCCAGGACCAGGGAUGGGCAUGGAUGGUCCUGCUGGCUGCAGUGGUGCUGCAGGGGCUGACACUGGGCUUUUCCUCCUGCAUCGGUGUCUUCUUCACGGACCUCCAGCACGAGUUCCAGGCCAGCAACAGCCAGACAUCGUGGUUCCCAUCCAUCAUGGUAGCCGUGCUGCAUGGAGGGGGGCCCCUCUGCAGCAUCCUGGUGAAGCGGUUUGGCUGCAGGUUUGUGGUGAUGCUGGGUGGGCUGCUCAGCGGGCUGGGAAUGGUGUCCAGCUCCUUCUGCAAGUCCAUCAGCCAGCUGUACGUCACGGCUGGCCUCAUCACGGGUCUGGGAUCAUGUUUCAGCUUCCAGGCAGGAGUGACUGUGCUGGGCUACUACUUUGUACGGUGGCAAACACUGGCCAAUGCUGUGGCCUCCACCGGUGUCUCCCUCGGUUUCACACUGUGGCCGCUGCUGUCUCAAUACUUGCUGGAAGAGAUGGGUUGGAGAAACACCUUCCUCAUCUUUGGAGGAAUACUACUGAACUGCUGUGUUUGUGGAGCCAUCAUGAGACCCAUUCAGCUGGCAUCAGGGUCACUUCCACACUCUGCCAAGCCUGAAGAGGAGCCAGGGAGUGGAGCAGAAGAGGCACAGCUGUCCAAUGGAGCAUCUCCUUACCACCCCUCGCUCCAGCAGCAUACCAGAAGGACAAAAUGCUUCCAGAUGCUGCAGAAGUACCUGGCUUUUGACAUCUUCUGUCAAAACAAAGGUUACCAGAUUUACACUAUUGGAGUGACCUGGAUGAUGAUGGGGUUUGCCUUACCACAUGUCUACCUUGUGCCUUAUGCCAUCCGCAAUGGGGUGGAGGAACACAAGGCAGCCCUCCUCAUCUCCAUCAUCGGGUUCAUCAACAUCUUCAUCCGCCCUGUCACUGGGCUGCUCUCAGGACACAGAAUCUUCACAGGGAGACGCAUCUACCUGUUCAGCCUGGCCGUGCUCCUCUGUGGGCUCAGCAAUUUCAUCUGUGUCAUUUCAGCUGAGUUCAGUGUGCUCAUCCUCUACUGCGUCAUCCUCAGCAUAGCCAUGAGUGGCGUCGGGGCGCUCGUCUUCCAGGUGCUGAUGGAUGUGGUAGAUAUGGACAGGUUUUCCAGUGCUCUAGGGCUCUUCACCAUCCUAGAGAGCAUCACCCUCCUCAUUGGGCCCCCCCUCACAGGUCUCCUGGUAGAUGUAACUAGUGAUUUCCACUACGUCUUCUACAACUCCAGCUUCUUCCUGAUAUCGGCUGCAUUAUUUAUGGGGCUCAGCUUCUGCGCUUUUGAAAAACAAAACAAAUUGAGAGAGGCUUCCAAAGCACGUUUGGACAAUUCCUCCAGAUAUCAAUACAGUGAAACGUCAACAGAACCAAAGACUGAAAGUCAAUCCCCUCCAGCAGUUGAGUACGUCACGAGCAUAUGAAAAUAAAGUGGGAAAACGAGCAACACCAUGAAGUGGUCUGUACAAAGCAACACAUGGCCCAACACUGAUGGCAGAUGAGAAAAAAAGCAGUCUGCUUUCAACAACUGACAUCUUCCUUUUGCAUUUCCACUCCAUAGGACCUUGCCAGAUUCCAAGACAGUGAUCCCAUCCCAGAACCCAGCACCAGUCAAGGAGAAAAAGCAGAGAGAUCUGAGCUCUCCUAAAGCAAGCCAUGGGACUCAGUACCAGGAGACAAAAGCUGUUACAGUUCAAUUGGGUUAAGUCACCACCUGAAGAAGUCACUGGAAUUUCACAAGCAUGUUCCAGGUGGAAGUGCUGAAUAUUACGUAUUAAUGGGUAGUUCUUCACAAAGAAUUAUUGUUGCCAUAUGCAAUUUUGGUGCUCAGGCUUCAUGUUUGCAUCCCAUGUUGGGGAUGGCAAGACAAACAUCUUCCAUAGGAAGGGUGUUAUUUUCCACAUCUCUACAUAUUAUACAAAAGCAGCUGCGUGGGUUGUAGAACUCAGACAAGUCUCUAGUAAGAUCAACUAUUUUCUCCUAUGAAGUGUAUACAGGAGUUCUUCAUGCCAAGGACAGUUUCAAGGCCUCAAAAUUCAACUCCAGAGCCUCAAAAAAAACCCCAAAAAACAACCCACCAUGCCCUGGAGUGCCUGCUUUCUAUAACUACUGAUAUCUCAAGUGCUGUUUAAUAUAUAAUAAAAGAAGGUUCAUGGCUCAUGUAAACACACUUCAGCGUUAAAUGGAACCCAUUUGGGGCAGGAAGGGUGAUAUCAGACCUAAGAAUAAGGAUAUGCAUCCUUUUAUAGGGCAAAAUUCCAAGCAACUGUACUUCCUCUUUGUGGAGAUCAGUUCGGGUCUUUAGUGUUAGACUUUUGAACUUCAUUACAUCAGCAUUCUUAUUAUAGAGAACUUUGUACAAGCAUAACUUAUACUUCUUAUGAGCACAAGCAGAACUUAGAAAGAAAUCUAUGGGGAAAGCAUACUGAGAAAAGCCAGUGUUGCUGACUUUCUAUCCAUACAGCCUCGACUAUAAGUGCCCUUCUCUGCCACAUUCCCAGGAUUUAGGCUUGUCACAGCUCAGACUAUGGUUGCACCACACCCAGCAUCAGCUCAAGGUGCAAACUGUUCAUAUUCUAUUUCGUUCCUGAUCCGACAGACGCGGAUGCUCAUUAAGCAUGCGGAUAAAGAUAACCCAACACAUCAGAACAAUCAGAAAGAUGGAAGCACAAAAUGGGAGUGAAAUAAAAGAAGUAACAGCUUUCAAUGGAACUGCAGUGCCUGUCUAAGAACUGUUAUAUCAAACUCAGUUACAGUGCAUAUUUGGAGAAUUAUCCUAUCAGAUUCCUAGCGACAAACCAACAGUUUUCAUUAGAGCUCUCCACAGAAAACAGACAAACCAAUACAAAAAAACCCACAAAAACCCAAAAGAAACAAACAAAAAAAAACCAUACAAAAAACCCCCAACAAAACAAAACAAAAACAAACAAACAAAAAACCACAAACCCCUACACACAAACAAACAAACAAAAAACCAAAAAAAACCAAAAAAACCCACAAACACAGCAAAACAAACAAACAAAAAAAGCACCAACCACCCCCAAAACCCCACCACUCUGGAUGAAACCACUGGAAAACUGACUCCAAGGUCUUCAGAGACUAUGAUGGCUUCACAGGUGGCUUUUAUACAGAGGGGGCAUCAACCCUUCAGAAGAGUUCCUGCUCUCAUAGCUCAGUAUCUUCUCCAAUACUGCCCUGGGAUUAUGGACCCAGGAGGAUUUGCAUCUCCUGAUCAAACCUAUACUUAAAUAAGAUGAUUAGUGGGAGAUAUACAUAUCUAAUCUCUUAUCACCUGUGUUUAUUAACUUAUGUAAAGCUAACAUGGUCCAUAACUAUGAAGUUAACAGGGACUGGUGCUUCUUGGCUUACCAAAACAGACUGCUGUACAUUCCUAGGAAAAUGAGGGUGCUUUCUCUCUCACAAAAAAGCAAUAAAAAGGGAUUAAGUCCCAAAUCUCU